GAGCGCUGGGCGUCAGAGCGCUGAGCGGGGUCGUGGGGGCGGCGGGGAGAAGAGGGAGGCAGAGGAGGGUGGGCCCAUGGCGGGGCAGCAGUUUCAGUACGAUGACAGCGGGAACACCUUCUUCUACUUCCUCACCUCCUUCGUGGGGCUCAUCGUGAUCCCGGCCACAUACUACCUCUGGCCCCGAGACCAGAAUGCCGAGCAAAUUCGAUUAAAGAAUAUCAGAAAAGUAUAUGGAAGAUGUAUGUGGUAUCGUUUACGGUUAUUAAAGCCCCAGCCAAAUAUUAUUCCUACAAUAAAGAAAAUAAUUCUGCUUGCAGGAUGGGCAUUAUUCUUAUUCCUUGCAUACAAAGUUUCUAAAACCGACCGAGAAUAUCAGGAAUACAAUCCUUAUGAAGUAUUAAAUUUGGAUCCUGGGGCAACAGUAACAGAAAUUAAGAAACAAUAUCGUUUGCUGUCACUUAAAUAUCAUCCAGAUAAAGGGGGUGAUGAAGUUAUGUUCAUGAGGAUAGCAAAAGCUUAUGCAGCUUUAACUGAUGAAGAGUCCCGGAAAAAUUGGGAAGAGUUUGGAAAUCCAGAUGGACCUCAAGCCACAAGCUUUGGAAUAGCCCUGCCAGCUUGGAUAGUUGACCAGAAAAAUUCAAUUUUGGUUUUACUUGUAUAUGGAUUGGCAUUCAUGGUCAUCCUUCCAGUUGUUGUGGGGUCUUGGUGGUAUCGCUCAAUACGCUAUAGUGGAGACCAGAUUCUAAUACGCACCACACAGAUUUAUACAUAUUUUGUUUAUAAAACUCGAAAUAUGGAUAUGAAACGUCUUAUCAUGGUUUUGGCUGGAGCCUCUGAAUUUGAUCCUCAGUAUAAUAAAGAUGCCACAAGCAGACCAACAGAUAAUAUUCUAAUACCUCAGCUAAUCAGAGAAAUUGGCAGCAUUAAUUUAAAGAAGAAUGAACCUCCACUUACAUGUCCAUAUAGCCUGAAGGCGAGAGUUCUUUUACUGUGUCAUCUUGCUAGAAUGAAAAUUCCUGAGACCCUUGAAGAAGAUCAGCAAUUUAUGCUGAAAAAAUGCCCUGCCCUACUUCAAGAAAUGGUUAAUGUAAUCUGCCAACUAAUAAUAAUGGCUCGGAGCCGUGAAGAAAGGGAGUUUCGUGCUCCAACUUUGGCAUCCCUAGAAAACUGCAUGAAGCUUUCUCAGAUGGCGGUGCAAGGCCUUCAGCAGUUCAAGUCUCCCCUUCUGCAGCUCCCUCACAUUGAAGAGGACAAUCUUAGAAGGGUUUCUAAUCAUAAAAAGUACAAAAUUAAGACUAUUCAGGAUUUGGUGAGUUUAAAAGAAACAGAUCGUCAAUAUCUAUUGCACUUCCUAGAAGAUGAAAAAUAUGAAGAGGUUAUGGCUGUCCUUGGGAGUUUUCCACAUAUAACUAUGGACAUAAAAUCACAAGUAUUGGAUGAUGAAGACAGCAACAACAUCACAGUAGGAUCCCUAGUUACAGUAUUGGUUAAAUUGACAAGGCAAACAAUGGCAGAAGUAUUUGAAAAGGAGCAGUCCAUCUGCGCUGCAGAGGAACAGCCAGCAGAAGAUGUGCAAGGCGAUACUAACAAGAACAAGACAAAAGGAGGAUGGCAACAGAAGAGUAAAGGACCCAAGAAAACGACUAAAUCAAAAAAAAAGAAAACUGUAAAAAAAAAACCUAUACCUAUUCCCUUAUCACAAUCAAAGCAACAGAAACAAAAGCAAGCAAAUGGAGUCAUUGGGAAUGAAGCUGCAGUAAAGGAAGAUGAAGAAGAAGUUUCUGACAAAGGCAGUGAUUCUGAAGAAGAAGAAAAUAGAGACUCCCAGAGUGAAAAAGAGGAUGGUAGUGACAGAGACUCCGAUAGAGAGCAAGAUGAAAAACAAAACAAAGAUGAUGAAGCAGAGUGGCAAGAAUUACAACAAAGUAUACAGCGAAAGGAAAGAGCUCUACUGGAAACCAAAUCAAAGAUAACACAUCCUGUUUAUAGUCUUUACUUUCCCGAGGAAAAACAAGAAUGGUGGUGGCUUUAUAUUGCAGAUAGGAAGGAGCAGACACUAAUAUCUAUGCCAUAUCAUGUGUGUACACUGAAAGAUACAGAAGAGGUAGAACUGAAGUUUCCUGCACCGGGUAAGCCUGGAAAUUAUCAGUAUACAGUGUUUUUGAGAUCAGACUCCUAUAUGGGUUUGGAUCAGAUAAAACCUUUGAAGUUGGAAGUUCAUGAGGCUAAGCCUGUGCCAGAAAAUCAUCCACAGUGGGAUACAGCAAUAGAGGGGGAUGAAGACCAGGAGGACAGCGAGGGCUUUGAAGAUAGCUUUGAGGAAGAGGAAGAAGAAGAGGAAGAUGAUGACUAAGCAAGACUACAAAUGGACCAUAUUUGCACAUGUUCGCAAUUUUUUGCUGUUUUGGAAGUGUAUAAUAAACCAGAAACAGUGCAGAACUGAUGUUGAGGGAGGUAUUCUUUCCUAGAAAUGGAUGCAUAAUAUAACAUAGGCAGUGCUGGUGCCUUGGUACAGUCUGAAAAAUGCUUAAGGCUUGUUAAAGCCUUUCAAGUAUGGGAGGGUGCAUUUACUUCAUCUGCAAAUGAUAAUAAACCCUUUGUUAUAAUGUCCAGAAGUGUGGGCUAUGUGUUAUCUGAUCAAUUUAUGGUCCCAGUAAAAGAAAAAGUACAAGAAAACAGUCUAUAAAUGAGCAACUUCUUUGUUCAGUUUUAGUUUUAGCAAACAAAGUAUGAUAAACAUCACAACUGUUUUAAGUAACAUCUGCUCAAGUUUUCAUCUUGGUAAGCGCUAUCAUUUAUUGACAUUUUGCAGUGAUACAAGAUUAUUUAUCACAGUUCCAUUUAUAGCUUUAAACUUUUUAUUUUUAGCUGUCAUCAUCAUAAGUUGGCAUUCUCUCACAUUCCACAUUAAAUAGAGGGCUACAUUUUGGGAUUUUCCUUUCUUAAUUUCCCAGAGUUAAUAGACAGAUUAUUAAAAUGGCUUUUAAUGGCUUAAAACAUUUUUAAGCCUCUGUUUGAGCAGAUCAAUGCAGGAUCUAGUUCUUUUAUAAGCUAUAGAUCUAAAAAUGAUUGUGGGACCAUAUGUUCUCUGAUGUGGUGACUUACGUUAUUAAACCUUUUUUUAAAGGUUCAUUAUAAAAGCUGAAACACAUUCAUAGCUUUUAAUCUACCUGAUUCUAUCACAAGCCUUUUAAGGAAAAAAAUAUAUAAAUGCAGAGGAGGCAUUUUUUGUAUUCAUUUUGGACUCCUGUCAAUAAAAUAGAAGUUUGACUCAUUUUA